GCUCGCAGUUUGAUUGUGUUGCUCCGGGAGCAGACGGUGUCGGUGGGUUGUCGAAUAACACGUCUCGAGAUGAUGGCCGAAAGUGACUCCGGUGAUACCUCUGAACGCUACGAGUUUGACGCUCCGUCCCAUGUAGUGGACUUAAUGGAGCUGCAGAAUGCAGAAAACGAAGAUCAAUGGUUUGAACAACAGACAGAUGCAGCAGAUGGCCAUCUGAAAACUCCUCUGAGGCCUGGACGACCCUUCAGGCGGAGCCAGGCGGACCUGCCAAGAGCCAUUGUGGUCCCUCAAGUUAAGUUGGACGAGGACACUGGUCCCAGUACAUCCACAUCUCAGCCUCCAAACAUUGUCACAUCAUGGGGUGCUGGAUCUCCGGUUCGGGCUGGUGCUCGACCAAAGAGGAAGACUGCUAAUCAACCUCCUGCCCAAUCACGCAGGGUUUCCAAACGCAAAGAGAUGAGCAGCUCUCCAGCUCCACCACCAUCAAAGAAAAACAAAAUAACUCUUGUUGCCCGAAAAUCCAAUAGUGCCCUUCGAAGAAAGGUGCAGCAGACUACCAGGAGUGGGCCUGUGACCCGGGCGUCCGCUUCUGCUAACACAGAGCCAAAUAGCUCUGAAGAACAGGAGCUGGAGCGCAUCAGGAACCUCCAGAGGGAAGUGGCUCUGCAUCGCAAGAAGAACGAGGCCAGCUACAAAGCUGCUCUGGCUGGCAAUCCACCACCAAAGAAGAUGGUCUUGUCAGCCACUGUGCCUAAAGAAUUCCACUUCAACACAAACAGCCGUGUUAAGGCAACAACCUCAUCCAACACAUCGCACAAGGACGUGGACUUCAUCACUCAGCUUCGCAAACCUUCCUCCCCAGCAAAGGCUAUAAAAGGUGCCACAGUGCCCAAACCCUUCAACCUAUCGACAGGCAACAAGAAAGGUGGGGAGACAGCUGCCUACGUGCCCAUGGCCCAGCAGAUAGAGCAGUUCCAGAAACGAACCCCUGAUCGCUUCCAUCUACACAGUCGCAGGAGUCGAGAGCGAGGGCCAUCCCCAACGAAGGGUGAUCACCUGAAGCUCACCCAGCCUCACACCCCACACCUGAUGACCCGCCAGAGGAGCCGGCCAACCACUGUCAAGAGCAGUGCUGAGCUGGAGGCUGAAGAGCUGGAGAAACUUCAAAAGUAA